GAUACUUGGAGUGAUCGUCUUUCUCUAUCUGUGUUUCCUUUCUCUUCUUCUAUAGACUAGGGUUUAAGGCGACCGGCGGUUUUCUUCGCGUCUUCUCUUCCGGUUCCGUGUUACCUGUACUUUAAUACCCGGCGCAAAAGCAAACUUUCGCCCUCCCUUCUCAACUCUCAACUCUCCACUCUCCGAUUUCUCGGGUUCCUCGAAAAAAACAACUACACAAUGUCGUCUCGUCUUGGACUUCGCUUCUUCCAGAACGCCCGCGCGGGCUUCCGCAACUCCGGUCCCUUCCGUCGGCCUGGUGCCCAGGGUUUCCGGUUCCAGAGCUACGAUGCUGCCGCGGCCGACAAGCAGAGCACUUUCCAGCGUAUGUGGAACAGCCCGGUCGGUGUGAAGACGGUGCAUUUCUGGGCCCCUGUCAUGAAGUGGGCUCUCGUCAUCGCCGGUAUCUCCGACUUCAGCCGUCCCGCCGAAAAGCUCUCCCUUACUCAGAACGGCGCCCUGAUGGCCACCGGAGCCAUCUGGACUCGCUGGUGCAUGAUCAUCACGCCCAAGAACUACCUGCUCGCUGCCGUUAACUUCUUCCUCGGCUGUGUCGGUGUCGUCCAGGUCACUCGUAUCGUCAACUACCGCCGUAGCCUGGAUGGCUCGACAACAGAGGCCGUGAAGGAACUGGAGCACGAGGUCGCCGAUUCCGCCAAGGCUGUUGCCGAUAAGGCUGAGAAGACCGUCGAGAAGUCGACCUGAUUUGCUCUGGAGAUUGCGUGUGAUUCGACGGACUAGAUUAGCGUUCUUAUCUGGGGAUUGCAUUGUCUUCUCGCCCACUGGUACCUGGUUUGGUUUUCCGGAACUCCGCUUGCAUGGAUAGCAGACAUAGAUGGGCCUGCAUGGGCCUGCACGGCAAAGAAAGCAGCUGGCAUUUUGUAUAUAUUGAAUUGAUGUUUAGCAGUUUCGUCUGUCAACAUACAAAUUGGUGUUAGAC